AUGAAUGGUGGAGGCAGACAGGCUACGAAUGCGACAGCGUCAAAGAUACCACUGCCACCAUCAUUGAAAGCUCCAUCGUCAAGAACUCAAACACAGGUCACAAUAACACCGACUUCAUUAUCAUCAUCGAUGGGACCAUCAUCAUCAUCGUCUUCGUCGUCAUCAUCCACCACAACUCAGACACCACACUCAGCACCAUUGCUGUCUGUUCACGAUCAUGGAGCGACAUUGACUACCAAGAGGCGAUCAUCAUCAUUGACCAAUUCAAUCGGUCCAUCACCUUCGGCCGCUGGCGCAACGGGUUCAACCAGUAAACUACCUCGAAGACUCUCAAUGAACGCGUCUCCCCUAGCUUUAGGCGCAUCCCCAUCCACUCCGCCACAUUCGCCACGUGCACCUUCCCCAGCUGGCAUCAAACAGACCCAUCCUCAACCCUCCUCACGCGCACCCUCGCCCUGCGUGUUUGAUGGCACCAGUUCGAGGGACGACUCGGUCGUCAAGGUGAUAUGCCGCUUCCGUCCCGAGACUUUUGAUGAAGGCUUGUUGGACAGUGCGCCAGACAAGCGAAUCGUCUUCUCCAAUGACGGUGCAUCAGUUACUGUCAACAAUGGAGCAAAGACACUAUCAUUCAAGUUCUCCCGCGUUCUUCAGCCAAUGAUCAGUCAGGAGCGAGUCUAUCAACUAGUUGGUCUCCCACUGGUUGAAGAUGUAGUCAAUGGUUACAACGCGGCCAUCAUUGCCUAUGGUUGCACUGGUACGGGUAAGACCUACACGAUGGUCGGUCAGCUAAAGUCAGACCUGAUUCAGCACGACACUUUACAGGACAUGGAAGACUCGAUCAGUGGAGGUGGAGAAGGUGUCGUCGCUCCACCCAUCGCGCCCGAUGAACAUUGGGGCUUGAUCCCACGCACCAUGCGUCAGCUAUUCCAGCGAAUAUCAGAAUCGUCCAGACAAUACAAGUUCCAGCUCAAGGUGUCUUACAUCGAGGUGAUACAGGAGAAGGUGCGUGAUCUAUUGGCCGACAACAAGGCCGACCUGGAGCUGCGACUGGUCGAUCAGGGCUUCAGCGUGCCCGAUGCCGUGCAGCUCGAGAUCACCCACAUCGAACAGGUGACCAAGCUGAUUGAGUCUGCUUCAGCUCGUAAGGCCGAGUCACGUGGACACAUACUAUUCCUGGUAUCGGUGAACCGCGAGGAUGUCGAGACAAAGGACAUCGUCAACUCAUUGCUCUACAUGGUGGAUCUCAGUGGCUCAGAGUCUGUGUCAACGACACGCGCGACAGGUCAGCGAUUGGACGACGCAAAGUCAAUCAACAAGUCACUCUAUGCUCUGGGUGGAGUCAUCGAGGACAUUGCCAAGCGUUCAAAGCACGUACGAUAUCGCGACAGCAAGUUAACACAACUGCUUCAGAACUGUCUGGGUGGCAACUCCAAGACAUGUCUCAUUGUCAACUGCUCGGUCAGUGGACAUGACUCUGUUUUGCGCGACACCAUCUCAUCGUUAUACUAUGGCGAGCGUGCACAAUCUGUACGCAAUCAACCAUCGGUCAACAACGAGUUGCCAGCGCCACAGCUCAAAUCUUUGAUCCAGACGAUGAAGAGCGAACAGGGUAUUCUGAAGCAGGUGGUGGAGGAGGCUGGUGGUAGCGAGGCCAUUAACCCCGGCUUCCUCUCCAACUACAUGCUGCGUCUGCAGAAUGAGUUGGAGGAGUGCAGGAAAAACGAGACCAAGCUACAGGAGCAGGUUACAUCACUGGAGCAAGAGAGUCAUAAUGUGAACAAGCAAUUGAGCGAGUCCAAGGCAUUGAUCGAGAGCAAGCAGGAGGCCUUGGCGCGAUUCGAGAGUGAACGCAGCGAGAUGGCACGCAAGGUGGCUGGUCUGUCAGGCGAGGUUACCCGAGGCAACAACAGAAUCGAUGAGUUGGAGAAGCUGACACAGGCAUUCGACGAGCUCAAGAAAAGCUGUUUGGCACAGGAAUCAUUGAACAACGAGAAGUACACCAAGGAGUCGGAGAACAGAAAGACCAAGUGGAAGAACAGAUGUCAGCAGCUACAGACUCAGUUCAAUCAACUCAAUGAACAGAGCACCAAUCAGAGGAAGCAACAGGAUGAUUUAUGGCGUGAUAUGCAUGGCAAGCUUGAGAAGGAGUUGGCAGAGCGUAAUCACAACAUCGAGGACAACCUAAAGAAGGAGAUCACAGGAUUGAAGUCACAGAAUAAGGCGCAAGACGAUAUUAUCACCAAUCUAUCCAAUCGUCUGCAGGGAUUGAUCAAACAGUCUGAGGAUAUCCAGAAACAGCAGACACAACUUAAACAACAACAACAAACAACCGACCAACAUGUACAUAAUUCACAACUCACAACAACCAACCAGCAUCAAGACGACCAGGAGCAAUUGGCCGCAUUAACCAACAAACUGAGGCAUAUUGAAGGAAUAAUUGAUCGACUGAAAGAUGACAAGGCAUCAUCAUCAUCAACAAUGCCAAUCAUUCUUCCAACUCCAGAACCCCUACCUCUGACCCAACAACAACAACCUCAACAACAACAACAUGCACAGGCUAUACUCAAACAACUUCAACAGCAACAACUACAACAACAAAAGAAUACUCCAUCACUUCUUCAAAACUUCCUCGUACUCUUACUGGCAUUGCUCACAGCUUAUGUGCUACUAGUCAACUUCAAUCGCAUAACCAGUGACCAGAGAUACUACACAUUGCGCUCUUAG